AUGACCUCUUCUUUCUUCUCCGACCUCCUUAAUUCCCCCACCAACAAAGACACCGAAAGAUCUCACCAUCAUCAUCGUCAUAACAAUGUUUUGUUGGAUCAAACCGAUUCAGGUUUACCCAAAUUCAAGUCCACACCCCCUCCAUCACUUCCUCUCUCUCCCACACCUCUCUUCUCUCCUUCUUACUUUUCCAUCCCUCAUGGCUUCUCCCUUUCCGAGCUUCUUGACUCUCCCGUUCUUCUCAACUCUUCUCAUAUUUUACCAUCUCCAACAACGGGAUCAUUUGCUAAUAAUCAAAGCUUAAAUUGGAAGAAUAAUUAUGGCGAAAAGCAGCAAAAUUUUAAGUCAGAAGAUGAAACCUUGUCAGGUUUCUCCUUCCAUGCUCAACCUAUGCUUCAAACUUCAACAGAAGACACAUCUCAAAACGGAUGGAGUUUUCGAGAAACAACAAAACAAGAUGGCUUAAUAUCUUCUGGAAUGAAUAUGAGUAUGGUGAAAACAGAAAACUCUUCAUCAAUUCAUAGUGGACAAAAUAAUCACAAGAGAGAUUAUAGCAAUUAUCAAACUCAGCCACAGCAACAGGUUCAGACACUUAGUAGAAGAUCAGAUGAUGGAUACAAUUGGAGAAAGUAUGGACAAAAACAAGUGAAAGGAAGCGAAAAUCCAAGAAGUUACUAUAAAUGCACAUACCAAAAUUGUCCAACAAAGAAAAAAGUUGAAAGAGCUUUAGAUGGACAAAUAACUGAAAUUGUUUAUAAAGGUAAUCAUAAUCAUCCUAAGCCUGUGGCUAAUAAGAGGAACAUGAAUUCAAUGUCUUCCUCUUCGUCGUCGCUUGCGAAUCCUCCUUCAAAUCAAUUUGGAAAUGACAUGCAAAUGGUGUUGGUUGCUACGCCGGAGAAUUCUUCGAUAUCGGUUGGAGAUGAUGAUUUUGAGCAGAGUUCUCAUAAAUCGGGUGGAGAUCAUGAGUAUGGUGACGAUGAUCAACCCGAUACUAAAAAAUGGAGAAUUGAAGGUGAAAAUGAAGGGAUAUCAUCAGGAAUUGGAAAUGGAACUGUGAGACAACCUAGAGUUGUGGUUCAGACAACAAGUGACAUUGAUAUUCUAAUUGAUGGGUACAGAUGGAGAAAAUAUGGACAAAAAGUAGUAAAGGGAAACCCAAAUCCAAGGAGUUAUUACAAGUGCACAAACCCUGGGUGUCAAGUAAGAAAACAUGUGGAAAGAGCAUCACAAGACCUAAGAUCAGUGUUAACAACCUAUGAAGGAAAACACAACCAUGAUGUUCCUGCACCACGUGGAAGUGGAAACCACUCUAUCAACAAACCAAUACCUAAUAUACCAACUAUGAACAACACCAUGAGUGUUAACAAUGGAUUCUUCAACCAUGAGAUGCUGCAGAACAAUGGAUUUCCAAUGGAUUCUUAUGUGAAUAUGAAUCAGCAACGUGUCGAUAAUAUUGUUAGAGGUAGAGCUAAGGAGGAGCCUGUAGUAGAAGAUGACUCGUUUUUUGACUCUUUGCUAUCUUGA